GCCUAUGUGCGUCCUAACCCAACAAUGGAAAUGUCAACAAUUGAAAAAAUACAAUUUAAAAAUGUUUACUUUAUUUAGAUAACAGACAAUGAUCCAAAAAUGGCCAAAUUAAUAAAUGACAAAAUUUUAAUUAAACAAUUUUGUGUUUUUCACCGGUGCGUGUCUCUAACCUCACUUUUUGACAUUUCGAGAAAUUGCAUCAUUUAAAACUCAGUGACGUGUCCAUCCUCAUUAAAAAGUUUCAGCCCUAAAUCGUGCCAAAAUCAUUAGUAGAACAACUAAACCGGUUUUCCCCAUCUUUCCACACAUUUGGAGCCAAAUUCAAACCCAAACAUGCCACCAAAGAAGAUUUUGUGUUUAUUCGACAUGGACGGCACCCUGACCAAAGCCCGACAAGGAAUCGACCCUGACUUUGACGAGUUCAUCCAAACUAAAAUCAAACCCUUGUGCACUCUCGGCCUCGUCGGUGGCUCCGAUUUCAAGAAAAUCGCCGAACAGAUGAACGGCGAGGACGUAAUUUUCAGGUUUGACUACGUGUUUCCUGAAAACGGGCUUGUGCAGUAUAAAUUUGGAAAGGAAGUUGGGAGACAAAGCAUCCAGAAGUUUAUGGGUGAAGACAAGAUCCAAAUGUUCAUAAACUACGUCUUGAAUUACUUGUCGACAGUAGUUCUCCCGGUAAAGAGGGGCAACUUUGUUGAAUUUAGAUCCGGGAUGCUCAAUAUAUCCCCAGUUGGGCGCUCCUGUUCCCAGGAAGAGCGCGAAAGUUUUGAAAAAUAUGAUAAAGAGUUUAAUAUAAGGCAAACAAUGAUUGAGGCGCUCAAAAAAAGGUUCCCCGAUAUCGGCCUCACGUAUGCAAUCGGGGGCCAAAUCAGUUUUGAUGCUUUUCCCAAAGGGUGGGAUAAGACUUAUUGCCUCAGACACGUCCAAAACGAGGGUUUCGACGAGAUUCACUUCUUUGGAGACAAGACCGAUGCAGGAGGCAACGAUUAUGAAAUCUACAAUGACCCAAGAGUCAUAGGCCAUAAGGUUUUAGACCCCGAUGAUACGAGAAAGCAACUUGAAAAAUUAUUUGAUCUUUAAUUUUUUAACUGUAACAAAAUUAUUCGCCAGUAUAAUUCGGUUUUCUCUUCUCUUUGAA